UCUUAGUCCUGAACAAUGCUGCGCAAGGGUAUUACAGAGAGCUUUGCUGCAGCGAUCCAUGCUCUUAACAGCGCCCAGCUGACAGAUGGUGUGAUUAAGAGGAGCAAAAGAAUGAUAGUGGACACUCUGGGUGUAGGUCUCAUUGGAACUAGGACAGAUGUCUUCAACAAGGCUCUCACUUACAGCCAGUUGUUCAAUUCUAAAGAGAAGAGCAGCAUUUGGGGAAAUUCGGACGUGAGUCUCCCAGCUCAUUACGCCGCCUUUGUCAAUGGAGUUGCAGUUCACUCCAUGGACUUUGAUGACACUUGGCAUCCUGCGACCCACCCCUCUGGAGCUGUGCUACCUGCUCUUCUUGCACUGGCAGAGGCAAUGCCCCGGAAGCCCUCGGGACUGGAGCUGCUCCUGGCCUUUAAUGUGGGCAUUGAAGUGCAGGGCAGGCUGCUGAGGUUUUCCAGAGAAGCUCAAAACAUCCCUGAAAGAUUUCAUCCUCCCAGUGUGGUCGGGGUGAUGGGCAGUGCAGCAGCAUCAGCUAAACUCCUGGGUCUGUCCGCUUUGCAGUGCAGUCAUGCUUUGUCUGUAGCUGCCUCCUCUGCGGGUGCUCCCUUGGCUAACACAGCUACCCAAACCAAACCACUCCACAUUGGCAAUGCAACACGGAGAGGCUUAGAGGCUGCACAGCUGGUUCAAUUGGGACUGAAAGGAAAUCCAGAUAUUCUAGACAUUGACUGUGGAUUUGGGAUCUACUACAGAGACUAUAAUCCGAGUGUUAUGCCUGGCUGUGAUGACUCUGGGUUUGAAUGGACCCUAGAAAAGCAGGAUGUUGCCUUCAAGAGGAUUCCUGCCCAUUUGGGAAUGCACUGGGUUGCAGAUGCAGCACUAGCAGCAAGAGCAAAGAUGGAGGAAGUUAGGAGCUUUGAACCCCGUGAAAUUAUUAGGCUCACACUAAGAGUCCCCCCAUCCAAGUAUAUCAACUGCCCUCUACCCACAUCACAGCAUCAAGCCAGGCACUCAUUUCAGUUCAACGCCUGCUCAGCUCUUUUGGAUAAUAAAGUCACAGUAGAUUCUUUCAACCAGAUGCAAAUAAAUCGAAAAGAUUUGAAAGAAUUGCUGUCCAAGGUUAUAAUAGAAACACCAGCAGAUAACAAACCAAGCUUUGAAAAUAUGUACAGUGAGGUUGAAUUGGAAACAAAUGAUGGGCAACAUUAUGCAGCAAAGUGCAACACAUUUUAUGGCCACUGGAGGAAGCCAUUGAGUCAGGAGGACUUGAUACAGAAGUUUAAGUCAAAUGCAUCUGCAGUGUUGACUUCAGAGGGAGUUGAAGGCAUUAUUGAUGUGAUAGAAAACCUUGAGAAUGAAAAUGAUUGUGCUUCACUAUAUUCCUAUUUGAAAAUGGCAAAUGUUUCCAACAAGGUUUAAUUGUUG